AUGGUCCAGUUCGAGGAAGUCACCGACGAGCACUUUGAGCAGAACUUCAAGAAGGAGGAGGAGUGGUCCGACACCGACUCAGAGAUCUCCGAGUCCGAGAUCGAGGACGACGUCGUCGAUGAGACUUUCUACGACCGUCUCGUUGCGUUGAAGGAUAUCAUCCCCCCUACACAGCGUACGAAGAUCGCGAAUGCUGCGUCGAGCCUUGCGAACACUGCGACAUGGCUUGGAAAGUUCGGUGGAAAGGCUACUUGGGUUUUGGCGACCAGCGCUAUCCUUUUCGGAUUCCCGUUGGCGUUGGCUAUUGAGGAGGAGGCUCAGUACACUGAGUACGAGAAGCAGAUGCAGAUGCAGGCCGGUGCUAACGACAUCGUCGCCCCCGGAGCCCAGGCUUCCGCUCUUAAGCCCGCUGGCUUCUAA